UUUAGACAAAGCUUGGGCUCCGUUUCUUAACAUAUCAAACUAACUGGGCCUGAUAAUACACAGAAAAAGAGGAGCACUUCCACCUCGUUGCUUGAGGAUUAGGGUUUUGGAUUGUUUGUCACCGAGCUCCCAAACUAAUACACACAGAGCGGCGCAGCAGUUUUCUCCGGCGAGAAAAGCAACCAUGGGCCACCAAAACGUCUGGAAUUCUCACCCCAAGACCUACGGUCCGGGAUCUCGGGCUUGCCGUGUCUGUGGCAACCCUCAUGCGAUCAUCAGGAAGUACGGGCUCAUGUGCUGCAGGCAGUGCUUCCGCAGCAACGCCAAGGAGAUUGGCUUCAUCAAGAGCUUGCUGGCAAUGGAGACUUUCACCUACCUCACAGCAGCUUAG